AUGCCAUUCUCUGUCGCUUCUCGUCGGGCUCUCGCCUCCGCAAACAAAACCCUUCGCCUCUCCACGCGGACCUUCUCCAGCCAGCCCGCUCUCCGCAAUUCCUCCGACGGCAAACCUCCCUUCGCAUUCUCGCGCGGCCCAGCUCCCCCACGUCUUCCCAAAGAAGAGCAAGAAAUCUUCGAGGAACUACAGAGAAAGUCCACCGGAGCGUUUAGCACCCCACGAUCGACGCCCAAGAUCAACCAAUCUCCCGAUUCCGAACCCGCCGCGAACGAGUCGGCCGAGAUCAAGGCCACGGGCAAGGGAGAAGAGCUCCAUCCCGAUGUGCGAUACGGCGUUCAACCUGAGUUCGAGGGCGAGAAGAAUCCUCAGACGGGGGAGGUCGGUGGACCGAAGAAUGAGCCCCUGCGAUGGGGUGCCGAGGGAGAUUGGAGCUAUGGGGGACGGGUCACUGAUUUCUAA